CGGUCUCCUCUCAUCGGACCAAAAUGCGGCUCCCGCUCCGCGGCGCCCUCGUCGCCGGUGUAUGCUCCCGCCUCCGCCGCGGCCUCUCCACGGCCGCCUCGCGCCCUCAGUGGGCGAUCGUCAAUGGUACGGGGUUGCUGGUCAACUCGACGUCGCGCCGCGCGACCCUCCAGCUCGCGGAGCACCCGCGCUUCUCCGAGCUUCUCGUCCCCAGCCAUCUCAUCAAUCCCCUGCCCCGCAUCAACUCCGACCUCGAGAGCGUGGGCCUCUUCGGCGGCAUGGUCUGCGCCACGAGCGGCGACGGCCUCCUCCUCCUCGAGUUCCGCGAUGGGCCCGCCACGCCUGCCUUCGCCGCCAAGGUCCGUGCCGCUCGGGAAAGCCAAAGCAGGACGGUCACGGUCAGCGGCAACACGCACGACAUAGACCCCGACAUCACGCGCUUCGUCUGCAACCCCCUCAGCGGCGAGAUAUUCCGCCUCCCGGACAUCGACGGCACGAAGAAGGUCCGUGGCCAUCACGCCAAAGGCAUCCUCACCCAAUCCGUGCGCGGGCACGGGCCGCCUGACAGGUACGCCGUCGUCGAGCUCAGCAUGGAGGGUGAAGGGGAUAAAGGGACCUUCGUCAUGCGGCGCUUCUUCUCGGAGACAAGGGUAUGGGACAAGAUGGUGGGUUUGCCUUCACUGCUCCCGCGGCCGCGGCGGAUUGACAUGGACCUCGAGGUGGUGGCCUUCGCUGGACGGUUGUGGUGGGUCGAUGAUCUUACCUGGGGCGCAGUCUCCGCCGACCCAUUCAGCGAGCAGCCGGAGCUUCGCUUUGUAGAGCUGCCGAGGGCGAGCGUGAGGCCAGUGCCCGGCCCUGGGAAGAACGAAAUCCCGGUGCAGGGUAUGCACCGGCGCAUGGGGGUCAGUGAGGGUAAGCUGCGCUACGUGGAGGUGUCCCAGAGACAGCCUUUUGUGCUUAGCUCGUAUGCCCUUGACGACGAUGGUGACUGCUGGAGGUUAGAGCACCAGGUUGCUCUUAGCCCACUCUUGGCUGAUGCAGGGACACAGGAGGGGACACCGCAGAUAGGUGUUAUCAAUCCACUAAAUGCACAUGCGUAUGUGAUCCACAAUUAUGAUGAAAGCUGGAGGUUGAGCACCAGGUGGCUCGUAGCCCACUCUUGGCCAAUGCAGGAACACAGGAAGGGACACCGCGAAUAGGUGUUAUCGAUCCACUGAAUGCACAUGCCGUGUAUGUCAUCCAUAGGAAUCGUGCUCUCGUCAUAGACAUGUACACGAGGAAGGUGCUUGCAAGUUCACUGAUGACGGAUGUCCCUGCAAAUCCAGUAGCAGCAGCAUGUUUCUCCUCUUUGCUUAAAGCAUGUGUCCUCCCACCAUGGCUGGGAACAACCCGUAUCCCUUAUGCAGGUUAUUAAUUUUCACUUGCUUUCUCAGAUGCAUGUUUCUUCCAUAUAUAUUGUAUUCUAGAUCCAUAACUUUUCUUUUGCAGUGUGGUCAGAAAUGAAAUCUCAGUGUAUAAAUUGGUAUUAUUACGGUAUCCACUACUAUUUUGUUCACUAUAUUUUAUUAUGUAAGACGUUUACAAUGAUAUGGUAUCACUAAAUCUGAGAAUGCUGCUAUGCUAUUGGUCAACAUCUCAGUUAUGUUUGCAGCACAGCUAUAAUUGAGAAUGUAAUUAUUUGCUAGGUGCUUCCGAUUAACUCUAUUUCAAUCGUCAUUCAAGACCUUUGAUCAAAUCAAAUCUAUCCACCUCAUUCCAUAAGUAGUUGAAUAUUGAUCCCAAGGGCUUAGAAUAAUAGUGAUUGGAAAAAAAGGGGUUGGUUUCAGUCAAGUACUUGAAAUUUGAAAACUAUCUAUUAUGUUGUCAAAAAUACAAUGAUACCUUUUCUGAUGUAUGAUUGUUCCAUUACUUCUAUGUUUGAUUGAAGGUACUCUUUCAGGCAACAUUAAAAGUAAGACCUUGCCAGAUGUAUUGGUUCGUGUAGACAGGGAUGCGGAGAAUUGAAGUAAACCAGAAAAUACGUCAUUUGGUUACUGAAAAAUAGCAAGUCAAGGUGUUGAAGUUUCUCUCUUUUUGCAAGGGGAUGCAUUGGGCAGUGUUGAUUUUGGUACAAUCAAAAUGGGAUGCAUUCUGGGCUUCUGGCAAUGGGUUUAUGCUGGCUGAAGUCUGGGCAUGGUGGAUGCCACAUUGAACUUCACUGCCGAGAGUUGUCUGAGUAUAUUGGGCUCUGCCUCUGCGUAACUCCUAGUAGACCUCUUAAAGGAUCAUGCUUUUGAUCUAUCUGCAUAACAAGCCAAAAACAUGGAUGCAGUGUUACUUUUUUACAAGGAGUGGCAAUGAGGAACAGCAACAUGUUACUUCAGCCUGUGGCCGCUUGUGUGUUGUGUCAAUUGUCCAUGUCUCCAUGAGUCCAUGGCACUGGAGUCUUGCUGCCUUUAUAUUGGUGUUGAUCUACUUGUAAUUGGCCUAUGAUGCGAACUGGCUUCAUUGUCUGCUUCCUAUUUCCUUGACCGAAUACUACUCUCCAGUUCCAACUGAAUUGUGCUCGCUUCAAUACCAUGAUUUUUUUGUCGUUU